CCGGUGGCCGCUCGGUAUGCGCCCUCAGGACAAGGCAGCGGCCAUGCUGUGCUAUGUGACCAGGCCGGACGCGGUGGUGAUGGAGGUGGAGGUCGAGGCCAAAGCCAACGGCGAAGACUGCCUCAACCAGGUUUGCAGACGGUUGGGCAUAAUAGAAGUCGAUUACUUUGGACUCCAGUUCACAGGCAGCAAAGGAGAGAACUUAUGGUUGAAUUUGAGAAAUAGAAUAUCCCAGCAGAUGGAUGGUCUGCCUCCUUACAGACUGAAAUUGCGUGUCAAGUUCUUUGUGGAACCCCAUCUUAUCUUGCAAGAACAGACAAGGCAUAUGUUUUUCUUGCAUAUAGAGGAAGAUCUUUUGGCUGGUAAUCUUCAGUGUUCCUGUGAGCAUGCAGUUGAAGUUAGUGCACUACUUGCCCAGUUGAAGUUUGGGGAUUAUAAUCAGAAUACUGCCAAAUAUCACUAUGAAGAGUUCUGUGCAAAGGAACUUACUACUGCCGUUUUGGAAAGAAUUACGGCAAAACAUAAGGAACUUGAAGGCCUCAGCCAGGCUUCAGCAGAGUAUCAAGUUUUACAGAUUGUGUCAACAUUGGACAACUAUGGGGUAGAGUGGCAUUCUGUCAGAGACAGUGAAGGGCAAAAGCUUUUUAUUGGUGUUGGUCCUGAGGGAAUUUUCAUAUGUAAAGAUGACUUAAUUCCAUUUAUCAGGAUUGCAUAUCCAGUUAUUCAAAUGGCAACACAGUCUGGGAAAAAUGUGUACUUGACUGUCACAAAGGAGUGUGGCAAUAGUAUAGUUCACCUUUUCAAGAUGAUCAGCACCAGAGCAGCUAGUGGAUUGUACAGAGCAAUAACUGAAACUCAUGCAUUUUACAGGUGCGACACUGUUACUAGUGCUGUCAUGAUGCAGUACAGUCGAGACUUAAAAGGCCACUUAGCAUCCUUGUUCCUGAAUGAAAACAUUAAUCUUGGCAAAAAAUACGUGUUUGAUAUUAAGCGGACAUCAAAGGAGGCUUAUGAUCAUGCAAGACGAGCUCUUUACAAUGCUGGCCUGGUGGAUCUUGUUUCAAGAAGUGACCAGAGUCCACCCAGUUCCCCCCUUAAGACUUCAGAAAGCAGCGUGAACUGUGAUGCCUGUGAAGGUCUCAGCUGCCAGCAGACAAAGGCUCUUCAAGAGAAAUUACAGAAGCUUAAAGAAUCUCUGCUGUGUAUGGUGUGUUGUGAAGAAGAAAUAAAUUCUACUUUUUGUCCAUGUGGGCACACCGUGUGCUGUGAGUCAUGUGCAGCACAGUUACAGUCGUGCCCAGUUUGCAGGUCCCAAGUAAAGAAUGUCCAGCACGUCUAUCUGCCUACCCAUACCAGUCUGCUUAAUCUGACGGUAAUAUGAUCUUUGUGUCAUCACUGGAAGGUGGAUACCAUAUAAGCUUCUUAAUCAUCUUGUACUUCCAAAAUACUAUGUUUACUCCAGCCAUUGAUGGUGUAGGAGAGCAUCUGCCAGCAACUGCAGUCAGAAUGGCCACCAUG